GCAAUCCUAUGUUUACGUGAUUUCCCGCCCUUACGUCACUGGCUCUCGGACUGAUGGAUCUCAGCUAGCAAUGGAUGUUUACAUCAGCGGCCAGACGCUUUGACGGAGGGGAUUUGGCUGGUUUGGACGCAGAGUCCAGUUAGCAGAUAUGGUGAGGCACAGCAUGGUGACGGAGCUGCAAGCCAUCCAGCACUCUCUCCUGGAUAAGUCCCUGGCUGUGGGCCAAGUGGGGCAGAGCUGCGGGGGAAUUCAGGAGAACGGGGUCGCUUCAGCGGACAGACAACACCUUUCCCAAGGUCCAGCAGAAAUUGAGAAAAGCCAGCCAGUGAACAUCCCAGAUGCAGCAAAAAGAAAGAAGAAGAAAAGAACUAGAGCAACAGACAGCUCCACAGGCACUUUUGAUGAUCUCUACAAACUGACAGAGGAGGUGCUUGGUCAGGGGGCUUAUGCUAAAGUUCAAGGAUGCAUAAGUCUGCAGAAUGGACAGGAGUUUGCUGUGAAGAUCAUAGAAAAGAGUGCAGGGCACAGCCGCAGCAGAGUCUUUCGAGAAGUGGAGACUCUCUACCAGUGUCAAGGCAACAGGAACAUUUUGGAAUUGAUCCAGUUCUUUGAAGACAGCUCCUGCUUUUAUUUGGUAUUUGAAAAGCUGCGUGGAGGCUCCAUUCUCACACACGUGCAAAACCGAAAGCACUUUGAUGAGCUGGAGGCCAGUAAGGUGGUCAGGGACAUUGCCCAAGCUCUUGACUUCCUACACACUAAAGGCAUUGCUCAUAGAGACCUUAAGUUGGAGAACAUCCUUUGUGAAUACACCGAUCGAGUGUCCCCAGUAAAGAUCUGUGAUUUUGACUUGGGAAGUGGAGUGAAGCUCAGCAGUGCCUGUACGCCCAUAACGACUCCAGAGCUCACCACACCGUGUGGCUCAGCAGAGUACAUGGCUCCAGAAGUGGUGGAGGUGUUCACUGAUGAGGCGUCCUUCUACGACAAGCGCUGUGACCUUUGGAGCCUCGGGGUCAUCCUCUACAUCCUGCUGAGCGGCAGCCCCCCCUUCACAGGCCACUGUGGCACAGACUGUGGCUGGGACCGAGGAGAAACCUGCAGAACCUGCCAGAGUCACCUGUUCGAGAGCAUCCAGCAGGGCAAGUAUGAAUUUCCGGACAAGGACUGGGCUCACAUCACAGAGGGGGCCAAGGAUCUCAUAUCCAAGCUGUUGGUUCGGGACGCAACUCUGCGCCUCAGUGCUGCUCAGGUCCUCAAGCACCCUUGGGUGCAGGGGAAUGCUCCAGAGAGAGGUCUUCCAACUCCACAUGUUCUACAGAGGAACAGCAGCACCAAAGACCUGACCCAAUUUGCAGCAGAAGCCAUCGCCUUCAAUCGGCAGCUAUCCCAGCACGACGAGCACCAGGAGGAUGUCGGAGCCAUCGUGUGCUCCAUGAGGCUUUCUCCUCCUUCAAACUCCAGGCUGGCCCGCAGACGGGCACAGUCCAACGCCUUGCGCACUGGGGACUUUGCACCCUCAUCGGACGACCUCGCAGCCUGAAGUACCAGUACAGGUCCCCUCGUUGUGAUUUCCGACUGAUUUUAGCCUCCUUGUCUGGGUUUUUUUAUUUUGUUUGUUUUCACAGGGAGCCUUGUAGUUCAGCCACACAGUAUAUGAGGUGACUAACUUUUCUUGGUGUUAAGGCUCUUUCCCCAUGGCCAGUAAUCUUAUCACCUUGACAGAGUUUGAGCACCAAGGGGACAGUUAAUCCUGUCCCAAUCCUAAUUGAAAACAUAGUUGAAAGUCCUGAGAUUUGACCAGGAAUUGUUAUAAGCUGCCUCAUAUUUUUUUUUUUAAUUUUUUUUUUUAGUCUUUUUAAACAAGAACUGUUUCGUUUGAGAGUAACUUUGGGUUUAUUUUUACAAAUGGUCUGUAAAUCAGAGUUUAUUUAUUUUUUAUUAUUAUUUUUCCAGUGACCCUAGUACAGCAGAAACUGUUGUUAAUGCCAGCAGUUUAUAUUAUAUCUACUCAGUACAUAUCAUUAUCUACACAGCAUUAUGUAGGUUCAGCACAGUUUGCCACUGUUGCUGUCAUAAUGCACUUAUCUAAUUUUGAUAGACUUCUCAGUCAGAGAGAGAGAGAGAGAGAGGGAGUGUGAGUGAGUGUGUGUGUGUGUGUGUGUUACACCUAGAGGAGACUACUCAUCUCUGGAAAUGGGCUUCUCUCUAUUUUUCCCCCAUUUAUGUGAUUCUUGUCAAGGCUAUGUAGAAUUUACAGAAAAGGCAGGGAUGUGAAUGGAUGUAGAAGUUAUAGUAAAGACCCCUUUUGAUCAAAUUCUUUCAUAUUUCUUAUCAUUUCUACACGAGCUGUUCACUUCAACACGAGCUACCUGUAGCACUGAUGUACUUUAAAAUAAGUCACUUAUUUAGUUUAUCUAAAGGGGAGAAUAUUGUAUCAAAAAUAAUCUGUUUGGUCCAAUAAUGUGAAAUUGACACCUGCAGUAAUAUUUAUCUUUUUAAGGGGCUUUAACAACUUUUUAUCCUCAUUAGAGUCCAGCAUUACCUCAGCCUCUUUUUCUUUUGCACCACGUCUUUGCACGUUUUGUACUGUACAGAUGUAACACCAUCCCAAAAAAGACGUGCUUGGUUUCUUAUUGUCUUAUUGGUUUGAUAUCUCCGAGUGUUUUUUGUCUAAAUGAUGUGAGAAUUGCAUUAGUUUUGGUUGUGUGCAGCUAAUGAGACUUAAAGUGGGUUUGUGAAUAGUUGAUGUUACACUUUGUAGUAAGAUAGAGGAUUCCAAACUGGGGUUGAUGGCAUUUAUUUUUAUACAAGUAUUUGUAUGUGGUUCAGUUUUAUACCUUUUGGUUCUGUGACUGGUUCUAAAUGUGCCAGUGGAAAGAAUAAUGGACUAACCGUGCUAAGACUUGCUAAGUCCUAGAUAUUCUUGGGUCCAUCAAGUUGCUGAUAUUUAGGCCUACUUUUGAUCCUUUCUUUAAAGAAACAUUUUAACUUUUUUGAUUGUUUCAUUCAUCGAUGUGUCACUAUGUUUGAAUGGGGUCACCGGUGGAAGUCUAUCACUUCUGUUUCCCCUAACCCUCUUAACGUUAUGUGUUGCCCGCUAAACAGCAUGUCCCCUGAUUUCACACUGUUGCCAUGGACACCUCAUCCCUAUAGCAACUACCGGCCUUCAUAGGCUGGCAGGAAUUGAUGGAGAUUUGCGCAGAGCAAAUACACACACACACACACACACACACACACACACACACACACACACACACACACACACACACACACACACACACACACACACACACACACACACACGGAAACAGCCUCUUGCUAUGUUAAAGCCCUCCCACUCCCAUUAUGAAUCAUAAAACAACUUGUUUGUUUCCCCCCCAUUGACUUGUAAUGGCAUCAAAUGAGAUACAGUAAUUGGUGUGCAAUUAUGGGGUCUCAUUGAAAAUGUGUCGGUGCUCUUAUUGGGUCCUAUGCAUAAUGCUCUCAGUGUGGAGUAUGUUUUCACUGGUUUGCUGUGUUCUCAAUAAAAAGAUCCUCAACAUCUUCUCCUGUCUGACAA